AGGAGCAGCCCCCCAGCAGCAAGCCCCCUCCUGCUGCCCCACAGCCAGCCUGGGGCUCCUCUCCCAUCUCCUCCUCCUCCUCCUCCUCCUCCUCCUUCUCUCCUCCUGAGGAGGAAGAGCUGCCCCAGAGCGACCCCCUGCCCCCCCCCGCCCCCUCCCAGGGGGGAGCCCAGGCCCCCAGCCAUCCCUCCCCGAAGCACAGCCCCACCGCCCCCCAAGAGAGAAGACCCGCGGGAGACCCCCUCAGCCUCAGCCUCGCCUGAUGAGACCCCUUUUCCUCUACCUGUUGCAUCGGAACCUCUGAUGCACUCUUCUGCAGACAAAGAUAUGGAAUUGCCGGAGCAGCUAGGUCGUGCACGCUCAGCUGGCCAAGAAGAUUUCACUGCUGUCUCGCUUGAUGCCACUGCUUCUCUUCCCUCUCUCUCUCCUCUCUCAGCCAACCCUUUUAAAGAACAUGCAGCUCAUGAUGCAGUAUCAGAUGGACUCUCUGCAAAAGGCAGUUAUGGUCAAAUUGAAAGUGAAGCAUUUAAAGCCAGUAGAAAAAAUGCACAAAACCCAUUCCUUGCAGAUGAUGGUGGAGAGAUCUCAGAAUUAAAACAUUCAGAUGUGAUGCCCUCAUAUGCUCGGGCAGAACCAUUCUUUUUAUCUCAGAUGAAGGAGCCAAUGGACACUCAAGGAAAGUCUGAUACUGAAAAGUUUCCCACCUACCAGCUGGACUCUUCUCCAGACUCACCUGUUGAAUUAUUUGUGAAGCAGGAUAAAGAUAUUUCUCUCGAUGAGAAACAUGAUAUUGAUGAUUAUAGCAAAGAUGUGGCAUUUGCAGACUAUUCUGCAAAGGACGAAUAUGUGGAUUUCAAACCAUUUGAACCAUCAUGGGCUAAUAAUGAAACUAGCAGUUUGAAAGAUGUUCCUAGCAAUCUAGUAGAUGGUGGAAUAGAAAGCAACAUAGAUAAGGGUGAGGUGGAGAAAGCUAAGACUCAGCCUGCUCAAAAAUAUUUUGAAAAAGAUAAUGAAACCAGCAAUGAAGAAAUUUCUUUCCUUAGCACUCCAGAUGGCUCAAAAGAGUCUUCACAAGCUUAUAUUACUUGUGCCAAGUCCGAAUCAGCUGGGACAAGUGAGAGCAUUGCAGCCAAGUCUCUCCCUCUGGUAGAAGAACAGGCUUCUGAAAAUAAAACGGAUGAGAAAAAGAUAGCAGAAAUGAAGGCCUAUUUUGGCACAGAACCAAGCGGUAUCCAUGCUGAGUUGAUAAGUGGCCAGGUCCAGAAAGCUGACUCUGAGAAAGUGGAAGACAUGCUGAAGACUUCUGAAGAUGCUGUAGCAAACAUGCCGGAAGGUCUUACUCCAGAUCUAGUGCAAGAAGCAUAUGAAAGUGAACUUCAUGAAGCAAUUAGCCCCAAGCUUGCUUAUGAAACAAAGAUAGAUUUGGUUCAAACAUCUGAGCCACCACAAGAGCCUUUGAAUGUUAGUGUACAGCUCUGUCCAUCCUUUGAAGCAGGACCUGAAGCUUCCCCAUCUCCAGUCUUACCAGAUAUUGUUAUGGAAGCACCACUGAAUGUGAGCGCUACUGGGAUAGUUGGCCCUGCAGUUCAGGUAGAAGCCUUCCAAGUGGAAUCUCUUACAGCUUCUGGUGACUACGAGAAUGACUAUGACAGUGCAACACAGAAGUCUGAGAAGCCUCCAUCCUACCAGGAGGCAAUGAAUGUACCAUCAACUCAAGCACCAGAAACUAAGAUUGAAGCUGAUAAUAAGAAGCCUGAUGCUAAGAAAGAUGCAUCUCCAGAGGACUUAGAGAAUUCAUAUAUAUCCAUUGCAUGUGACUUAGUUAAAGAAACAAAGGUAUCCAAUGAAUCUGUUUCCCCAAGCUUUGCAGACUACUCCACAAUAGCGAUUCCAGAGUUUGUUUCACGACCUGUGCCUGAAUAUUCUGAGUACGCUGAGAAGACAUCUCUACGAUCUGCAAAAAGCAGUUUGUUUUGUUCUGAGCCAGAACUUGAUCUUUCUCAGAAAGAGAAGGAAGCUGUGCAUGAGAAGCCACUUGAAGUUGCUUCUGAGAUUGUAUCAAAGGGAGGUCAGGAGGAGAAAUGUGAGGAGAUCCUACCUUCUCUUAGCAAACCCUAUCUGGAAUCCUAUCAGCCUCCCCUGGAACCUUCCAAAAACGCAGCCACCUCUUGGUCUCCAGAAGCAGAUGCUGCAGACUUGGUCAAGAAGGAAAAGACACCCCAGCUACACCUGGAAGAAGUCAAAACUUGUGCAGAUGAUUUCCCUAUCUGUAAGGAACCCAAAGGUGGAGACACAAUUGUGCUGUCUGCAGAAUCUUCUCCAGAAACUGAUGACUUCCCCACAAUCCCUUAUCAAGCUGCUAAGUUAGUGAAGGGAGCUACAGAAAAUGAUGCAGUAAUGGAUAAAGAAAGCAGAGAGCAUUGUGAUGUAGUCAAAACUGAGGUGAGGCAGCCUCCCUACCAAGAGGUAGCCCAGGACCUGUCUUUAAAGAAUGUACAUGUCAAAACUGAAGAGCAAGAUCUUGCCUUGGAAACCACCCCUGAGAAACUGGACACAGAAGUGCCUGAAGCAACCAAGGAGCCUUUGCCCCCAACUGAGGUUGCCCCUUUGUCUGCAGAGGAAAAGAUAGUCAGUGUAGGAAAGGAAGCUGAGAGAGGAGUUGCUUCUGUUAAAGAAAAGGAAAAAUCCCCUCCCUUGUUUCCAUCAAAGCUGAGUAAACUUUCAGUUGUUGACCUCCUUUACUGGCGAGACGUUAAGAAGACUGGUGUAGUGUUUGGAGCCAGUUUGUUCCUCCUGCUUUCUUUAACGGUGUUUAGUAUCGUGAGUGUGGUUGCUUAUAUUGCCUUGGCUCUCCUAUCAGUGACCAUCAGUUUUAGGAUAUACAAGGGAGUUAUCCAAGCAAUCCAGAAAUCUGAGGAAGGUCAUCCAUUCAGGGCUUACUUGGAUAAAGAUGUUGCUGUGUCUGAUGAGCUUGUCCAAAAAUACAGCAAUUUUGUGCUCGGCCACUUCAAUAAAACGGUCAAAGAGCUCAGGCGCCUCUUCUUAGUGGAUGACUUAGUGGAUUCUCUAAAGUUCGCAGUGUUGAUGUGGGUGUUCACUUACGUUGGUGCCUUGUUCAAUGGUCUGACACUGCUGAUACUGGCUCUGAUCUCACUCUUCAGUAUUCCUGUUAUUUAUGAAAAGCACCAGGCUCAAAUUGACCAUUACGUGGGGCUUGUGAAUAAGAAUGUUAAAGAUGGAAUGGCAAAGAUCCAAGCUAAAAUCCCUGGACUGAAGCCCAAAGCCGAAUGAAGAACCAGAAACAACUUUUAUUAAAAUAGGAUUUCAUCUUUUAAGUGGGGAGGGGAAGGCAUAUUCAUUUGGAUUAUGUGGGGAGGGUCAGGGAAUAGCAAAACCUUGACAUUGCAGUGCAAUUUCACAGAUCUUUAUUUUUUAGCAACGCAGUUGGGGGGGGGGGGGAAAUAACUUGUUCUUGACUGCCAUGUGUGUUCAUCAUGAGUAUUGUAAGCUGCUAUGUAUGGAUUUAAACCUAAUCCUCUUUGCUUCUCCCGUGUACAGCACCGGUUAACAUAACCAAUUGGAGAGCUGUACAUUUUACGCUUUGGACAAGGUAGUCUUGCUGCGUUUUGAGAGAGCCGAGUGCAGUUGAAGUGCAGGGAGAACACUUCAGUUUAGCACCGCUUCUGGUCUGUGUAGAUUGAUUGCAGGUUUUCUAAAAUGAGACGUUUAGAAGAAUAUGCCAUUAAAGCAAGCUUGAAAAGCCUUGCCCUUUUGGUAUCGAGUGUAGCUGUAUUGUGCUUUUUAAUUUUACCGUUUUAUCAAUUGCCAAUAUAAAAAUUAUAUAUAUAAUUAUAUAUAUAGUGUUUCACAGCAGCUUAGGAUUUCCAGCUCCUCCACAGUGCUUGGAAUAUCAGAGAACUGAACUGAGAUUCUUUUUUAGCUUCAUGGUAAUGUAAUCUUCAGUUUUCAGAAAACACUAGCAUCUAUUAAAUGAAUAAAUCCAAUCUUCUCUGCACAUUUACACAAUUUCUGCCAUAACCUAUGCUGCACAGAUCAUCUAUAGUCUAUUUUGAGUAAACAAGUUUACAAGGCUCUCAAAACUCUGAAUCUGUGGGAGGAAUUUCCAAAGGUGUGAUCCCGAGAUCCUUGCAGGCAGAGCAAGGAACACCCAGCAUGCUUGUUCUUCAUUGUGCUCGGACUCCUUGGCAUCUGUGCAUGGGUCAGAGGGUUGCACCCUGAAGCUGCAAAUGUCAUUUGGGAAUUUCAAACAUUGUUAAUGCAAGAAGUUACAAAUGAAAAUGUAUACACUUGCGGUUUAAGCUGUAUUGAACUAAGUCUGUGGAAUGCAUUGUGAAAUGUAAAAAACCCUCGAGUAUCAAUAAAGUGUAUAGACUUAA